AACAAUGCAAUAAAAUUGACAAACAAUGCAAUACAAUUGACAAACAAUGUAAUACAAUUGACAAACAAUGCAAUAAAAUUGACAAACAAUGCAAUACAAUUGACAAACAAUGCAAUACAAUUGACAAACAAUGUAAUACAAUCGACAAACAAUGCAAUACAAUUGACAAACAAUGUAAUACAAUCGACAAACAAUGCAACACAAUCGACAAACAAUGCAAUACAAUCGACAAACAAUGUUAUACAAUGUUAUAGAAUUUUAGAUUGA